AUGGCUGAGGGCGUUGCUGAUGUUACCUUCGAGGUGUCCCUCUUGAGCGGCACCACAGCGUCCAUCUCCUGCCCUGCGGAUGCCAGCCUGGGAUCUCUAGUGCGUGACAUUGGCUUGAAGUUGGGCCUGAUGAAGGAGAAAGCUAUGCCCUCCCUGUUCUUCCUCCCAUCAUCGGCAGAGACCGGGGCAGAGCCGCUGCAGGAGCUCCAGAACAGGGUUGUCGGUGUCGGGGAGACUGUCACGGCAGGCGAGCUUGCCAACCAGAGCAUAGUGGCAGGAGUGCAUUCUGAGCCGGAGUGGUGCACGCAGAAAUGCUUCAGAAAGUAUUGGAUCCAUGGUCGCCACUGCGGGAUGGAGGAAGACUCGGAAGACUUCGUCUUGAAGCUGUACGCAGGAGGGAAGUUCACUUACUCAGCCAAAUACCACAGUCACGAUGCCGAGUGUGGGUACAACUACGACAGGAACAUGGAUGCAUCGGGGACAUGGCAGCUGAUUCGGCGAGACGUGGGCAAGGAGGAUCUCGAAGAGGCGGUUUACCUCGAGGGCACUACCACGAACCGCACUGUGACGCAGCAUUCACGAACGCACUACAACGACUACAAUGACUGGCGGUCAGAGUCAGGUUCAGACUGUUCUGAUUCGGAGGACGACGAAGAGGAGGAGGAGCACCACACGCCGAAGAAGCAGACCCAGGCUGUCGAACUUCCGAAGGGCAAGGACGAGACCGUGACUGAAGGGUUCACAUUGAGCUUUGCCAAGGAAGUGCUGCUGACAUCUGACCCAGGAAUGCACAAAAGAGGAGGCUGGACCGUGACGGACUUGCCUCCGUAA